UUUUUGUUCAAUUUGAAAAUGGUAUUAAUAAAAUGAAAUUGGUCAUUAGUAGCGUGUUUGUAGUGGUUAUUGCUACUUAUCCCGAUUGAAACAAUUAUCAACUUGUUCUAUUCGAUGUUCCAAGGAUGGGAGGACCACUGAGGCAAAACAUUCGUAUAUCUACUUUUCACGGAUGAUGUUGGGUUCCGCUACAUGCAAUGGUCGGUAUUUUAAUACGAAAUUCUUAGAUCUCGCUGUAUCGGCUGUCGGAGGCUGUUUUCUGUGGUUGUCACAAUUUAAGCAUUGAUGUAGCGCGUUUAACUUAUCCAUGGGUGGGUAUAUUGAAUCAGUGAUAUUGAAAUUGUAAGAUUUUCAAACUAUGAUGGUUGACUCUUGGGCAACUUUUCCAGUUAACUUGAAAAAUACUGUUUGUUUUUCAUAGAAAAAUGUCUGACGGUGAUUUGUGUUGCCGUUUGCUCAUGUUGUUAUUACAUUUGACGUGCCUCUUUAUGUCGAUUCCUACUAAGGUAUCAUAGAUGUUUGGAAGUAACUAUCAAUGCACUCGUUAAUACUCGAGUAAAUAAUACAAAGAGAUUAAAAGUGGUUUUAGUUUGGUUUCUCAUGGUUCGGCUUCCGAUUCUGUUGUUCAGUGCGGGAUAAGUUAAUAGCCUGAAAUGUUUCUCAAGUUUGGGAGUCUGAUUCUGCGUGCCGAAGUUCAUGGGAGCUUUAAGAAGGCCCUGUUUUUGUUAUUGACCUAUUUUACCAGAAAAUGACUUGGGUCGGAAGUCGUAAGUGGUCAUUGAACCAUUCCUAAAAUAGCGUUCGCAAAAUAACUUCGAAAGUUAAACUAAAUGAUUAAAUAAAGAUCAAGAGUAACAAGGAAAUCGACGGGAAUAAUGACAGGAUCUUAUUCAUUAAUCCAUUAAAAAGAGCGUAAAAAUUUCCGAUUGCGCAUCUUUAGAAUGCCACAAUGGCGUAUUCAAUUGAAAUUUGAGGACCACACAAACAAAAUAAUAUAUAAAUACGGCUCAAGAAAGAAAGGGACAACAGCUUGAGCAUUGACUCUUGAGGGAGGAGUUAUGGUCGCGAAGCCUUGCUCGUGUCUGUGCCCAUGACGUAAUCAACUCAAGGACGUUCAUUGCUUUAGAAAUAAAUAAAAGCCCGCGGUUACAUUACGUGUCAAGGGAAAGCGGUGACUCCCGCGUAUUUUCUUCGCCAAGUCCAACCUCAUACUCUGCUCUGCAUCAAUGCAUUCACCACCUUCCCCUUCACAACGCCUGCUUCUUAAAUAAAAGCUCCAAUCACAUUCCCUAAAACAAGCAACAAAAAACGGAAAAAAUAAAUUUGGAAGGCAAAUCAAUAUUCCGAAGUGUCUGACCAGUGACUGGGCCAUUAUUCGUCUCCCAUUUGCUACUUCUUCCCCCCAAACUCCCCUGUUUUAUUCUCUCUUUUUUUUUUCCCUUUAAUUUUUUACCAAACAUAUAAAAAAAAUGGUCUAAUCUCCAUUUUUGGCCACUUCGCGAAACUUCGCUCUUCUAUCGCACGGCCUCGUUUGGAAUCUUUUCCUUUAUUGAUUCUGAUUCCCCCCCCCCCCCUCUCUUCCCCCUCUCUCUAUAAAACACAGUGGCAGUCAUUUUUACAUUAAAAAAAUCAGUUGUUUUUGCAUCGCCACGUGAGUGCUGUGUGGAGGCAGAGUAAACAACCGUUCCCCUUCGCCGAUGGCGAUUUCCGAAUCGCUUGAGGGUGUAGGCACCGCCGCCAUCGUUCAAAGGGACUCAGAUCUCCAACGGCCUUCUCUGCGGCGCAGGUCCAGCGCCACCUCCUCCGGUGGCCUCUUCGACGCCGACGAUGCGGUCAGAGAUUCAGGCUCUGACGACUCCAUGAAUGGCAAGAGCAGCGAGGUGGAUAAAGAUCGCAUGCUGAAUCAUGAAGCCGCCGAUAAUGACGUCGCUGAUCGAGAACCAGUCCCUGAUUUCAAAUUCGCUUACCGUCCCUCCGUUCCCGCCCACCGGAGAAUCAAGGAGAGCCCUCUCAGCUCCGACAACAUUUUCAAACAGAGUCAUGCAGGGCUGUUCAAUCUCUGUAUAGUAGUGCUUGUUGCUGUGAACAGCAGACUUAUCAUUGAGAAUUUAAUGAAGUAUGGUUGGUUGAUUAAGUAUGGCUUUUGGUUUAGUUCAAAAUCGUUGAGAGAUUGGCCCCUUUUCAUGUGUUGUCUUAGUCUUAACAUAUUUCCACUUGCUGCCUUCGCAGUGGAAAGGUUGGCACAACAAAAGUGUAUUUCUGAACCUGUUGUUGUUCUACUUCAUGUAAUCAUCACAACUGUUGAAUUCUCCUAUCCAGUUUUUGUAAUACUUAGGUGCGAUUCUGCUUUUUUAUCAGGUGUCACAUUGAUGCUAUUUACCUGCAUUGUGUGGUUAAAAUUGGUGUCAUAUGCACAUACGAACUAUGAUAUGAGAGCACUUUCGGUUUCAAAUGAAAAGGGAGAAACUUUGCUCAAUACUUGGGUUAUGGAGAAUCCACACACUGUGAGCUUCAAAAGUUUGGCAUACUUCAUGUUUGCUCCUACGUUAUGCUAUCAGCCAAGCUAUCCUCGCACACCUUCUGUUAGAAAGGGUUGGGUGUUUCGUCAACUUGUCAAGCUGAUAAUUUUUACAGGAGUUAUGGGAUUUAUAAUAGAACAAUAUAUGAAUCCUAUUGUACAAAACUCACAACAUCCUUUGAAGGGAAACCUUCUAUAUGGCCUUGAGAGAGUUCUGAAGCUUUCUGUUCCAAAUGUAUAUGUGUGGCUCUGCAUGUUCUACUGCUUUUUCCACCUUUGGCUAAAUAUACUUGCAGAGCUUCUUCGGUUUGGUGAUCGUGAGUUCUACAAAGAUUGGUGGAAUGCCAAAACUGUUGAAGAGUAUUGGAGGAUGUGGAAUAUGCCUGUGCACAAAUGGAUGGUUCGCCACAUAUAUUUUCCCUGCCUAAGGAGUGGUAUACACAAGCGUGCUGCUGCAUUAAUUGCCUUCCUGGUUUCUGCUGUGUUUCAUGAGUUCUGCAUUGCCGUUCCUUGCCACAUGUUCAAGUUGUGGGCUUUUAUCGGAAUUAUGUUUCAGGUUCCUUUGGUCUUGAUCACUAAUUACCUGCAAAAUAGAUACAGAAACUCAAUGGUGGGAAAUAUGAUUUUUUGGUUCAUAUUUUGUAUUCUUGGGCAACCUAUGUGCGUGUUACUAUACUACCAUGACUUGAUGAAUAGGAAAGGAGAACUUGACUAGGGUAAUAUUACAUCAUUAACUGUUCAUGUGGAUUAGCUUUUCCGUUUUCUGAGUAAAAUCGAUGUAGAUAUGUUGCCCUUUGUAUUCUUUGGGGACUAUCAUCUACUUUGGCAGUGGUUCAUCUGGUUUUAGCUUUUCCAUGUAAUUUGCUGCGUCUUUAGAGAGGCUAAUUCAUCUUGAUCUGUGUACUUAUUUAACUUAAUUGCUCUGGCACUUUAAUCAAUAUGCAAGCAAUUUUGGAAGCAAACUAACAAAAUGCUAUGUCCUAAGUGGAAUAUUUUCAAUCCUCCCGUGUAUUUUCCUUUCGUUGAAACAGUAACAACCACUGUUGUAUGG